CUUAUUGUCAUUAUUACUGUUUCAAUAACAGUAAGCUGUAAGCCACCGCCAAGCUUCAUUUCAUUCUUUUUUUUUCCUUCCUUUCCACUCUUCUUCACCUUCCCAAAAGUUCAAUAUCUUUUUGCAUCUUCAAUAACACAUUUAUAUGUUCAUAUAGUAUAUGGAAUACCACAUGGCCCUUCAAUAUUCACCCUCAAUAAGUUGGAACUUCAGGUUAUCCAUGAUGGCAUGGCUUGUCUUGUGCCUCCUUGUGAUGUUGAACAAUGCAAGUUUUUCUUCUGCUCGUUUGUUGUUGAAUAGAACAAGAGGAGGAGGGUUCAUGGUGUCUAGAGAGCUACAUAGGAGAAACCUUCUUGGCAAUGGACUUGGCCAAACACCCCCUAUGGGAUGGAAUAGCUGGAACCAUUUUUCCUGCAAUAUUAACGAAGACUUAAUUCGAGAAACAGCUGAUGCAAUGGUGUCAAUGGGCCUUGCUGCUCUAGGAUACCAAUAUAUUAAUAUAGAUGAUUGUUGGGGCGAGCUUAAUCGAGAUUCACAGGGUAAUUUGGUUCCCAGAGCCUCAACAUUUCCUUCAGGAAUGAAGGCUCUAGCAGAUUAUGUUCAUAACAAAGGUUUAAAGUUGGGGAUAUAUUCUGAUGCAGGAAAUCAAACAUGCAGUAAAACUAUGCCAGGAUCACUAGGACAUGAAGAGCAAGAUGCAAAAACAUUUGCUUCUUGGGGGAUUGACUACUUGAAGUAUGAUAACUGUGAGAAUAAUAAUAUAAGCCCCAAAAAAAGGUACCCUCCAAUGAGUGAAGCUUUGUCAAACUCUGGAAGGCCAAUUUUUUUCUCUUUGUGUGAAUGGGGAUCAGAAGAUCCAGCAACUUGGGCCAAAAGUGUGGGGAAUAGUUGGAGAACAACAGGAGACAUUGAAGAUAAAUGGGAUAGUAUGACAUCUCGUGCAGAUCUAAAUGACAAAUGGGCUUCUUAUGCUGGACCUGGAGGGUGGAAUGAUCCUGACAUGCUAGAAGUUGGAAAUGGAGGGAUGACAACUGAAGAAUAUCGUGCUCAUUUCAGCAUAUGGGCAUUAGCUAAGGCUCCUUUAUUGAUUGGUUGUGACAUUAGAGCAUUGGAUGCCACCACAAAAGAAUUGCUCAGCAACAAAGAAGUUAUUGCAGUAAACCAAGACAAGCUUGGAGUUCAAGGAAAGAAGGUGAAAAGUAACAAUGAUUUGGAGGUCUGGGCAGGUCCUCUCAGUAAUAACAAGGUAACAGUGAUAUUAUGGAAUAGAAGUUCAUCCAAAGCAAAAGUUACUGCAUCCUGGUCUGACAUAGGCUUGAAACCAGGAACUUCAGUUGAUGCAAGAGAUUUAUGGGCGCAUUCAACACAAUCAUCAAUUUCUGGAGAAAUAUCUGCUCAAUUAGAUUCACAUGCUUGUAAGAUGUAUGUCCUGUCUCCCAACUAAGUUCUUAGUUGGGGAAAAAAAAGGAGUUAAACACAAAAGUCAGCAAAAAGAAAUGCAUUGGAUGUUCCACAGAAGGAAAAAGAAAUCACAGGAAAUUUAUUUAUCAAUAGGAAAUACAAAAGAUAUGUAUAAGUUUUAUUUCUCCCAAGGUUUCCAUUUUAAAUUAUACAUUGCCAUUGAGAUCCACUUGAUUUCAAUAUAAUAUGCUUUUCAUAUCCCUAUCUCCUGUUAAUCUGAUAUCAAGCAUUACUAUAUAUAUGGUUGACAAUUUUGUCUA